AUGAUAUAUGUUAUAGAUCAGCGUUUGAAAAGUCAAAAUAUUCCAGUGGAUAAAUCUGAAAGAGUGCUAACCGAUAUUGUUACGGUGCUACUUCAUCCUAAGCUUCAGCAGGAAUUAUUUAUACCGCAACCAGUAGCCACUCACGCAGUAAUAAAACAACUUUUGCAAGAUAUAUCAGUCUCAUCAAUAAUGAAACUUGACGACUAUUCUAUGAAUAGAUUGUGGGAUUUAAUGACUAUGAUCUUCAAAUGGCAAUUAACAAUAGCGAAUAAUCAAAAUAUUUUUGACAUCACUUGCAGACAUUUGAAAUGUGUAGCCACACUUAUGCCAACGUAUUUCCCUAAACGAUUUAUAGAAUUAGUUUUGAAAAAUAUCGAGUUACUACGUGAAAAAAUUUCGGAUGAUGAUUAUAAAUGUCUUUACCAUACAAUGAUAUUGUGGUUUUCGGAGUAUCACACAAAAAUUUCCAUUUUACUUAGAUUAGGUCUGCAAAAUAAAGAUGGCACUUUUAAUUCUUCAGCGACAAUGAACGCAAAGAUUUCACAAAACUUGGGUGAAAAUAUUUACAAAUACGAUAAUAAAAUAAACCCAAUUGAAGAUUACGACAAUAAACCAGCGGACACUAAUGAAAUAAAUUGUCUUUUAUUACAUAUUGAAAAAGGGUACAACAAAAAAACGGAUCUUCAUAUACAGUUACCUAAAGAAGUUGAAAGAUAUUAUUCAAAAAAACCUGUUAAAAGUAACAAAGACACUAUUAUUCAACAAAUUGCAACUAACGUUAAAGGUAAUAACGUUAAAAGUAAUGAUCUUUCUUUUAUUGCUGAUAUGCCAAAAUCUCCACAAGAAGAUCUUUUAAAAAUGCUAGAUGAGAUAUAA